UUUAAAAGUGUGUCUCGCAGCCCCGGGGCCAGCCCUCUGCAGCCACUUGCUGCGGGCUCCAAGACAAGCACUCAUCAGCGGGUGCGUCUGGGCUGCCACCGUGAAAAUGUUUAGUGUCAUCGGCGACCAGUACACAUCCAGGGGACCCCACUAAGGCGGGCUGUUGUGUAGGGGGCGGGGGCAGGAAGCCUGGAGCGAGGUCUGACCUAGGUGUGUGUGCGCACACAUCCGAACAGCUGACCACACGUGUGUGUACUUGAAGGAGAGACUUGAGUUUUGGUUUUUGUUUUGGUUCCUGGGGUGAAUUUUCUGCAGAACGUUUCCCCCUCUUAUGUAUUUAUUUAUCUUUUUUUUUUUUUUUUGCGUUUUUAAACAAAUCUGAAUAUAAAAAAGUGUGAGAAUUCAAACUUUGAAAAGACCGAGGCGCACAGCAGCGGACGGCAGAUGGAUCCCGUGGCCAGCAGCUGCCUGAGGAACCCCCACCCCCCGGCCCCGGGCUGGGGCUGCCUUCGAAAUCCCCACGCUGAAGCCAGUGGGGGCUCAGGGCUGCCCCACUAUCCGCCAACGCCUUUCUCCUUCCACCAGAAACCCGACUUCCCGGCGACAGCGGUGGCAGCGUACCCCGACUUCUCGGCCUCCUGCCUGGCAGCCACCCCACACAGCCUUCCCCGGGAGGAGCGCAUCUUCACUGAGCAGCACCCCGCUUUCCCACAGCCCCCCGACUGGAACUUCCCCAUCUCAGAGGCCCGGCGCAGGCUCAACCCGGGCCCAGCUGGGGGCUCCAGGGAGAUGGGGGCUAGCAGCCCAGGCCUGGUGGACACCACAGGAGGCCCCGGUGAGGACUACGAGGUCCUCGGGAGCACUGCCCAGGAGACGGAGAAGAAGUCAACCAGACGGAAAAAAGAGAGUUCAGGUCAAAGUGUGGUUCCAGAACCGAAGGAUGAAGUGGAAGCGUGUGAAAGGGGGUCAGCCUAUCUCACCCAAUGGGCAGGACCCCGAGGAUGGGGACUCUGCUGCCUCUCCAAGUUCAGAGUGAGAUUCUCCACAGAGAAAGAAAGACUGAGGACCGAGCCCCCUACCUAACUACCCGCACCCCUGUCCUCACCCCAGUCCCACCUUCACCUUUUCCCACCCACCCUAGGGCAACCUCUCUACAUCUUGCAAUGACUCUUAAGCAUGAAGCUGUCCAGCAACCCUGGGAGCCUGGAAGUUUCCCAGAAAGUUCUGUCCAGUUUUGCUCUGUCUUAGCAGCCGCUUCCCCGAGGCCGUUGCUUCUCACCAAUUCUCAUGGAAUCAUACAGCAGCCCGACUGGACCCAUGCAAAUCUGGGGAACAGCUCCAGGCACACUGCUGCUCGGGGUGUCUCGGCUGCUGCCCCCUCUGCUGCUACCAUCUCCCUCCAACACCAUCGAGCCCUCCUUCAGGCCUGGAUACCACCUGAUCUGCUGGGAGAGGAGCCUUGGGACCAGCUAGUGACCUGGGAAAGCAAAUGCUCCAAAGGAAGGAAAUGACUAGAACCCACCUACACACACACUCUAGACCACCCUUCCUUUCUGGGUUCUGUAUCUGAGGCUUUGGGGAGUCCUCAGGUGUCCCAAAACCCCAGGGAGAAUCAGUAUGAGGAGAGUUGAGAAGAGAAACUCAGCUGCUGCCCAUCAGACACCCAGUCCAAAGUUGUUGCUCAGUGAGUAAGUUUGUACCACAGGCUGGAGGAAGACUCUCGGAGAAACAGCUGGUGGUGGGUGGUCCCCAUGCGUGCCUGUUCACAUGGGCUUGACUGCAUAUCUGAGAAAAGACCCAGGACAGCUCCUGCCUCUUCGGAGUCAAAUUGGGGACACAGCUAGGGCUGCUAAGCUGCGCCCCUGAGCCACGGAACAGCUGUUCUUCUUAAGGCCACAGUUUGGGGAUUGAACACCUAUCCAGAUGCUCGCAUUAUUGAGUUGAGGGCUGGAAAGUGUUCCCCAUGUUCCGAGGAUGAAGAGAUCGCACUAAGCCCCGUGAGUGACGGCCUGGAAAUGUGGAACCUUGCCGUGGAAGUAACCUGUGCUUUCAACAAACUCUGUCUGCAAAUGGGAAAAAAAAAACCAAUCCCUCUUUCUCCACGGGAUGCAUCUGAGCCCUUCCAGUGUGUUCCAUGAUUGCUGUUAGGACGGGAGGAGCUGCUAAGUUUAUGUACGGGGACCGCCCAGAUCUUUUGGGGUGAUGCUCCAGGACAUAUGGCCAGACAGGCUGGGGUGACCUGAGCCUUGGAGAGAGACCCCCGUUGGCCUCAGUGCUGUGUCUCCUGAUACCAACUGGGCUUGCAGAGGGAGGUCAGCAAGAGUUUGGAGCUCUUGUAUGUAGAUUCAGUCACUCAGAUGUAAAAAGAACCCCAGGUCCCCAUCCCAAAAGGACAACAGCUCUGGAAAACGAUUGCCAAAUGAGAUGGCUGGUUAGAGCACAUGUCAUUUUUUUUCUAAAGCAUAUUUCAUAUAUUU